AUGCAAGAUGCAAUUCAUUUGCUCAGCAAUGCAGUUGGCCAGGCGCUAGUGGAGCUAGAAUUCAAGGCUCCAACAUUAGAAGAGUCAGAAAAAGAAGACUAUCUCUCACGAAAACCAUCAUCUUCGGUUCCUAGUUCUUUAUCUGAAGACGAUGCAAAAGGAUCCUUUAAAGCAGGUGUUUCUAAUCCAAUUCUUGAAAGAGGCCGACUAGACAGGAAGGACUAUGUCUUAAUUCUAAAUCGGGCAGCAAACCAAACAGCCGAAUAUGCCAGACAGGCCAGCUUUCUGACAACAGUUGAGAGCCAAUCUUCAAGUAAAGGACAGAAAUCGAAUGAUAGAAGCCGUCAAAGACAAAGGGAUUCGAUGCCGACCCAGAGCAGUGACCACAGACAAGGUGAGAAUGGACAUUAUUGCUUUAUAUUCAUUCAUAAAAAUGAUGCAGAAAAAAACUUUGGAAUUGUUUUCUUGGCACUUAUUUUUGAAGAUUCUUAA